CGGCGAAGCGAUUCGCCAGCAGUCACGGUUCGGACUCCGUUACGGUUAUACUCGACUGCCGCCGCCGUCGAUACGUUUUAGCUUCGCGCGCGAUCGAAUACAUCGUUAUUUCUAUCGUCGUAUUAGUUGUUGUUGUUGCGGUUGUUGUUGCUGUUGUUCCAUAGAUCGAUAGUGAACAGUCGGCAAAGGGAAAACGUGCGCCGGUCCUUUAGAGAUUCGAAAUCGAGUCGUAACAUUUAUCGCGUCCACGUCGUAACGCAGUGGUGACGCGCAACGUGUUGAUCUGGGGUAGCGAUCCACCUAGUGCAGAAAUUUGGAUUACCGUCGGAUCGCGGUGCAGCUACUUGAUUGCUGGGAUUCGAAGCAAAAAGACAAUAUUACCGUCAGACGAGGGCGUUCGGCUCUUCGGUCGUGUUUAGUGUUCCACUCGUAGCGGAUCCGACUCUCCACUGCCAACGGUCGACAAGAGAAAACUUGUAUAACCAGUUUAAGAAAAGAACACGAUAAGCGAACGUUGUCAGCACCCCCGCCAUCGAAAUGAACUGCACUUGACGCCGAGGACGACGACAACGUGUACGCACGUGCGGCGUGUGUGUUGGUCGACGAUGGACAAGCGAGACGCAGUCACGCGAUUGGUGUACGCGUUGCUGUUGGCCUUCGUGUUCUGUGUGGAACGGAUUAUUGCUGAUUUCGGCGAUGGCGGCGGAGAAGAGGACGGCGGAGAUACCGGCGGAGGCGGUUUACCGAUGAUGUCGGCUAUGGAAAAGAUUACUACCGCGUCGGGGUACGGGGGCCGGAAGCAGAGAGUGCACCACCACAAACGUCAUUUGUCGAGAUCUUCGUCGUCGUCGGCGGCGGUCCACUAUCCCCCCGGGAACGCGCUGAUUAACGAGCUCGGUAGCCCGGACAACAUGUUCGUCACCGAGAACGGUACCGUUGUCACGUCGCAGAUCGGCGGCAGCGCUAUCCUUCCGUGCGCCACAGCCAAACUCGGCACAGCCACGGUGUCUUGGAUCAGACGGAUAGACUACACUAUUUUAACUAUAGGGACGAGAAGUUACAGCAGUGACAAACGAUUUUACGUAGACCACACCAGACAUUUAAAGACGUGGAAUUUGGAGAUAACACCGGUGGAAGCAACGGACGCCGGUUUGUACGAAUGUCGCAUAGCUACGCACCCGACGACUAGUAAUUUCGUACAUCUGAAAGUCACAGAGGCCAGAGCGGAAAUCCUCGGUGCACCGGACCUGUACAUAAUGAGUGGCAGCAGCCUGCGACUGGUAUGUCGAUUGCAAGGAUCCACCCAAGCACCUCUAUUCGUCUUCUGGUACCAUUCCGAUCGGAUGAUCAAUUUCGACACAGAUCGGGGGCUCAUCGUGCACAUCAACAGCACGGAAAGCGAUCUCAUCAUGCCGUACACGAACACGUCGGACAGCGGCAACUACACGUGCCAACCUCAAAACAUACCGCCGGCCACUAUACACGUGCACGUGCUUCAAUCUGAAGUACCGGCGGCCAUGCAACACGGCGUUCGUAGCUCGACUUCGGGGUCAUUCGCCAUCUCCAAUUGUGCUAUGUUCACGAUAAUUUAUAUGCUGUUGCAAAUGUUAAGCUAAAAUGGACUGUAAAUAAAUGGGGUUUACUGCUACUACAACUACUGAUACUACAUUAUUAUUAUUAUUAUUAUUAUUAUUAUACUUUAUUUUUCAUCCAUGUUAUUUACUUUAAAUAAUAACAAAAGUAAUAAUGAUGGCAAUGAUGCAUCAUGAAAUCGCCCACACGAGUUGUUAAAAGUUGUACAAUUAACGAACAAAUUUACUUGAAAAAACAAAUUGAAAAAAAUAACGAUAGUAACGAAUUAGUUAACUUAUAUUUUCGAUUAUUUUAAUUCGAGGAAGCAUUGUUGCAAAGAAAAGGAUUAAUUGUAGUCGUAUUAUUAUUACUUUUUUGUAGUUUUAUUGACACUAAUGGAAUUCAUUAACAUUGUACACGAAAGGGUUACUAAUAAUUAUUGAAUUCUGUUGAAAUUGGAAUUGUUUUCAAUAAAUCAUAACGUAGGUAAUUAAAACAGGAUUUAUUUUAAGUUAGGAAUACUUAAGUAUUAUUAUUUUUUUUUUUUUUUUUUAUCAUUGA